UAAUACUACUUGACUGAUACAGGCUCCUGAGUUGUAAGGUAUUAUAGCCAUGGAUAGAAUGCGUCAAUUUUUGCCAGAAGAGAUCGAGGUUCCGUAAAAGACCUUGCUGAAAGGUAUCAGUGGUGUACUCUAGGAGAGAGCUGUUGGCUAUUCUUACCGGAGAACUUCAUCAGUUUCCCACUCAGAGCGUGGUUAUCUGCGGUUAUCUGUCAUGGCGCAGGAGAUCAAUAGUUGAGUUUGUGAUUUUAAACUAAUGAAGCAUUUGAUUUUAUUUCACAAUUAGUUGCCGAUCGUAAAACAAGCAUCGCCCGAGUAGAAAUGAAAUGGGUCAAUUUACUUGUAUGUUUCUUUGCUAUUUUGGUGGGAGUUCAGGGGUUAGGAAACCCGUAUGAAAUUUUGGGAAUUUCAAAGUCAUCUUCUUUACAAGAAAUUAGAAAAGCAUACAAAAAAUUAGCGAAGGAGUGGCAUCCUGAUAAAAACAAUGACCCUGCAGCAGAAAAUAAAUUUGUGGAAAUAAAUCAAGCAUAUGAACUGCUGACUGACCCAGAAAGGCGGAAACAAUAUGACAACUAUGGUGUUACUGAGGAGACCCCAACUGUGCGUCCAAAACGUGAUUUCAGUCAGUACAGAAGAUUUGACCCAUUAGAUGAUUUGUUUGGACCUCAUGCAAAUGGUUUUAAGUUUCAUUAUCAAGAUAGGGACAUAGUUUUGUUUCAUCGUUUAAGUAUUACUACAAAAGCAUAUGAAAACAAAAUUGUGCCAAAAAGCUAUCAAGUGCCUCAUCUCAUUCUCUUCUAUUCCGAUUGGUGCUUUGCUUGCUUGCAAGUAGAACCAAUUUGGCGAAGAAUCAUUGAGGAAUUGGAACCAAUUGGAUUUGGAAUUGCCACUAUACACUCGGAGAAUGAACAAUUAUUAACUCGUAAAAUUGGCAUUCAUACACUCCCUACUCUCAUGAUAUUAAUAGACGGGAGACCAAGCUUGUAUAAAGAUUCUCUCUUCAGCAUGCAAAAAAUAGUGGAUUUUUCUAGAAAUAAAUUUCCUUAUAAAUUAGUACAACCAGUUAAUGAUGAUAAUGUUGCUUCAUUUCUAAAUGGAUGGGUUGACAAUCGGAUUCGGGCAUUAAUAUUUGAGCAUCAAGAAUCAAUCAGGCUUCGCUAUUUACUAAUGGCCUUUUACUACAGGGAGCGUGUAGCUUUUGGUUUUGUGCAACUUAAUUCUUCGUAUACCGAGGAAAUCCAGAAAAAAUACAAAGUUCCAAGAGACAUUGAAUCUUUGUUGCUUUUCAAUGAAAAUAUAAAUCGUCCUGUUGCAAGUUUAAGCAUGUCAGAUAUUCCUAUUAAGACAAUGCAAGAUAUUAUAAACAGUAAUAAGUAUCUCAUGUUACCGCGAUUGUCAUCUCAGGGCAUGUUUGAUGCACUGUGUCCUCCAGAAUGGGCAAGACCUCGUAAGAGAUUGUGUGUGGUUCUUGUUUCACAAAACACACCUUAUCAUGAUGAACCACGUCAAGCAUUACGUCAGUUUGCACAAGAUUCUCCUUACAAUGUGGAAAGAGUUCGCUUUAUGUAUAUUUUCCAGGAAAGACAAGCUGAGUUCAUCAAUGCUCUAACAGGUGAAGGGAGCCCUGAUGAAACUGUUCUGCAUGUAGUCAUCUUGUGGCGACGAGAUGCUAGUCAUAUCAAAUAUGAAUGGUUACCUCAUAGCUGGGAUAGUCCUAAAAGUCAAGAAUGGAAUGAGACACGGGAUCGUUUAGAAUCUACCAUUCAAAGGCUAUUGCAUUCCUCUGAGGCAUUAUCAUAUGAAGCUGUUGUUAAGGAAUUAAUUGAUGAACAUGCGCAAGGCAUGAUGUCACGAAUUCUCACAAAACUCUUAAUUGCAGCAGAUUUUCUUAGGGAGAAUAUAACUAAAGAUCAGCUUCUACCUGUUCUCUCUGUUUUAGCUACAAUUUUAUUUAUUGUCAUUGUUGGCUAUAUAAUGACAUAUUUAAUGCGUUUGGAAGAAGAAAACAUUAAGAAAAAUGGUACAUAUGCAAAUGGUACAUCAAAACCUGCUGCAACAGUUAAUGGUGAACCGGCAUGUAUGAAUAGUAACCUUAAAACAAAUCCUCCUCAACUAAAGCUGCAUGAACUGCGUGCAGAAACUUACAAUGGCAUGGUCCGGCUCUUAAAACCUGGCUGUCGAACUAUUGUUCUUCUUGUUGAUACACAGUCUCGACAGACUCUGAUUCCUGAUUUCCAUCGUUUUGUGUGGCCAUAUCGCAAGAACAAAACUCUGAUGUUUGGGUUUCUAAAUCUGGAUCGAUACCUGGAGUGGUACAAAUGCCUUUUAACUCUUAGUUUACCAGAACCUCGUGAUUUGAACAUAAAUCCUCGCAAUUGCAUUGGCACUGUGCUCUCUCUCAAUGGUCAUCGUAAAUAUUUCUGUAUGUAUCAUGCUAAACACCCAGAAUGUACAAGGGGGAAAGGUUCAAAGAGAAUGGUAAAGAUGACAAAGUCAUUUAGUAAUACUUCAAAUACUACUAAGGGAGCAUUUAUUGGCUUUGAUAGUAGUGAUUCUGAUGAGACAGAAACAUCUGAUUUGGAAUCUGGCUGCCGAAAGUUGGAAGAGGGUGUUCUCUCUGAUAAAUACAGUAAUGUUGUGUUUCAAAGCAAUCUUUUGGAUGGACUGCCAAACUGGUUAGAUCGUCUUUUUGAAGGAACCACUCAGCGAUAUUACAUCAACUAUUGGCCUGAUUUCACAACCAAAUAACUUCCUGCUGCCUUUGUUAUUCAUAUGCAAAAUGCCUCAUUUUAGAUUUUGAAUCUUAUUUGUCAUGUUUAAGGAAUUUACGUAGUACUCUAAACUACAAACUUGAAUUUCUUCUGACAUACUUUACAAAUGACAUUUUGUAAUGACAAUUGUAUAUACAUAUAUAUAUUGCUAGUAAAUCAUUUCUACAUUCAAAGGUAUAAAGUAUAUUGAAUAUAAUAUACUGACUUUCCUUAUUGGAAACCAAGUCUUUCUAGUUCUAUAUGCAAUGCAAAAAUUAGCAGUACAAAACUCAAAAUCAUUGACUAACAUUAUUGAAAUGCUUCAGAUGUUUUGCUGCCUGACAGUGGUUAUAGGCUGUGCCUGCUUAUCGUUUUUACAUAAUUUUAUUGAGUGAACAUGUCCUGUUGAAAAAGAGUAAUGACUGAAAUGUUUUUAUCAUGUUUCUCACUUUUGUGUGUAAUUGUGCAUUUAUGUUUGAGUGAUCACUACUAAUUAAUCUUGGCAUAGCCUGUUUACCAAAGUGAAUGACAGUUUUAGUAUUUGUCAUGGUAGAUGACUUCUAUUCUCAAGAAAUGAAUCUGAGCUUGUGAAACUAGUUUCUCUUUAGAAUGGUUUACUAGUGCUUCAAUCUAGUCAUUUUAUACACAUUUCCUAUUAUCAGGUGAUUUGUAUGGAAUGUGUUGAACCAAUAUUUGUUUUCAUACCUUGUUACAUUCCUUGUAACUUAUUGUACAUUUCAAGUUAAAAUAAAUAUUAAGAACAUGUUGCCCUAACCUCUCAUUGCAAAUUACCCUGUAAAGAAAGACUAUCUAAUCCAAUGCACUAAAAU